GGGCAGGGCGGUAUGGGGGUGGCCCAGACCCCUGGGCACUGCUGGCUGCUGGGUGUUCUGGGGGCUGUUUCAUGGAGAGCCUGCUCAGUUUGACCCAUUGCUGGGGCUGCUGCGGGCUGGCAGCCCCCCACCCCAGCGAUGCCCUCUGCCUCCCUGAUGCCUUGGACGCUGUCUGCCUGCUGUCUUGCUCACAGCUGCUCCCUCCGUCUCGGGGUGGGCAGAAAGGACAGUGAAGUCCUGCCCCCCCCCCCCCCCCCCCCCCCCGCCAGGGCUGCAGCUCAGCCCCCGUAAUCCCCUUCCCGCUCCGACUCACCAGCUUAUUUCCUGGCUAAUUCCCUAAGCUAUAAAUACUGCUCUGCCUCAAAGGGCCCCGAGGCCCUGCAGCCACGCUGUGGGGCAGGGGCUGGUCCCUCUAGCAUGGGGGCAAAAGCCCUUGUCCCUCCUGGGGGCAAAGGAUGUCACUUGGCGGGGGCAGCUGCUAUGCAGCCAGUGGGAUCUUGGGCCGCAAUGAGCCCCUGAAGAAGGAGCGUCCCAAGUGGAAGAGCGACUACCCCAUGACGGAUGGGCAGCUGCGCAGCAAGCGGGAUGAGUUUUGGGACACGGCACCUGCCUUCGAGGGCCGCAAGGAGAUCUGGGAUGCCCUGAAGGCAGCUGCCUAUGCCGUGGAGGCCAACGACCACAGCCUGGCCCAGGCCAUCCUCGAUGGAGCCAGCAUCACCCUGCCCCACGGGUCCCUGACAGAGUGCUACGAUGAGCUGGGCAACCGGUACCAGCUGCCUGUCUACUGCCUGGCACCUCCCGUCAACCUGAUUCUGGAGCGGAGUGAGGAGGAGAUGGCGGAGCCAGCCGAGCCCCUGCCCAAUGCCCGGCGGGAGUUCGCCCUCAAGGUGCGGCUCUCCACCGGCAAGGACCUGCGGCUCAGCGCCAGCAUGGGCGACACCAUCGGGCAGCUGAAGAAGCAGCUGCAGGUGCAGGAGGGCAUUGACCUGGCCUGGCAGCGCUGGUUCUUCUCGGGCAAGCUGCUCACUGACCGCACACGGCUGCAGGAGACCAAGAUCCAGAAGGAUUUUGUUGUGCAAGUGAUCGUCAACCAGCCCCUGCCGCCCAGGAACUGAGCCACCCCCGCACUGGUUGCGGGGAGAGGGCGUGGAGCUGGGGGGGCAGCGGCACCUCUGGGGAUGCCCUGUGCCGCGUCCCAGCCCUGCCGGAGCCAGGGCAGCCCCUGCUCACCCCCGAGGCUGCCCACCACGCGGGUGACCCCCCAGGAGGGUCUGCAUGGGGCUGUGCCGCUGCGGUGGCCCCUCUUGGCUGGGGACACAGGCACGCGCUGCGUUUGCUGCAGAAGGUUCAAGACCAAAUGUCUCUGGGGCGGUUGGCACGGCCAGGGCCCCGCUGCUGGGCUGUGCUGGUGGGGAGAGGCCAUGACCUGCUGGGCUCCAGCUCCCCAUGGCCAGGAGGCCCCAGGGUGCUGGGCUGGGUGGAGAUGUCUCCCCUCUGUACAUAGUCUGUAUUUAUCAAUAAAGCCUUUUCAUCCUU